AUGGUGUCUCGGUCCAACGAGGGCCCCGACGGUCCUCCUCCGCCUUCAAGGACGCCUGGCACCCCCGCGAAAUCACGGCUCACGAGACUCGGCUCGAGCCCAUCAAAACGAGAAGAAAAGACGAAGGAUGACCGGAUGGGAAAGACCUCGGCCAAAGAUGUUGCGGAACUCAAGGACUUCCAACUCGGUGACUGCUUGGGCCGAGGUGCUUUUGGGUCGGUAUACAGGGCACUCAACUGGAACACAGGGGAAACUGUGGCUGUGAAGCAAAUCAAGCUUGCAGACCUUCCAAAGAGUGAAUUGCGAGUUAUUAUGUUGGAGAUCGAUCUCCUCAAGAACUUGGAUCACCCAAAUAUCGUGAAGUACCAUGGAUUUGUGAAGUCGGCCGAAACUCUAAACAUUAUUCUCGAGUAUUGCGAAAAUGGCUCACUCCAUUCUAUUGCCAAAAACUUUGGCCGUUUUCCCGAGACCCUCGUGGGGGUGUACAUGUCCCAGGUUCUCCACGGCCUUCUUUACUUGCAUGAUCAAGGUGUUAUACACAGAGACAUCAAAGGCGCAAAUAUUCUCACAACGAAGGAGGGUCUAGUUAAACUUGCAGACUUUGGUGUUGCUAGUCGGACUACCGGCUUGAGCGAAUCGAGCGUCGUCGGCACUCCGUAUUGGAUGGCUCCCGAAGUGAUUGAGCUUUCAGGUGCUACAACGGCAUCUGACAUAUGGAGUCUUGGAUGUACAGUCAUCGAAUUGCUAGAAGGGAAGCCCCCCUACUAUAACCUCCAACCUAUGCCGGCUCUUUUCCGGAUUGUCAAUGACGAUCACCCUCCUCUCCCACAAGGCGCCUCUCCAGCAGUUAAAGACUUCUUGAUGCAAUGUUUCCAGAAAGACCCUAAUCUUCGCGUUUCUGCACGAAAGCUCCUCAAACAUCCCUGGAUAGUCAAUGCUCGCAGAUCUGAUUCGAUAGUCCCCAAGAAGUCAACCGAGUACGAAGAGGCUGUGAGAAGUGUCCAAGAGUGGAACGAGGCUCUACGUUCACCCGAAUCAAGCGCCCUCCGACGAGGAACUAGGAAUGACAGUCGAAACCCACCUUCUCUGCGGCUCGACGUAGGCCAGGCUCGACACACCCCUUCAAAAGAUUCACUUCCAAGCCCGGUAUCGAGACACACGGCAGAGCGAUUUCGCUCUCCAAUAUCGGCGGAAGAAGAUAACUGGGAUGAUGACUUUGCCACAGCUAUUUCGCCAAGUGCACUACAGCUGCCUCACCUCAGACCGCACGACAACUUUGGAGGAAUGCUGUCGUCCGAGAAACUAAAGGCUUUUGCCUCGCUUGAUGGUACGGUCCUCAAGUCUGAUGACGGGUUUGAGGAUUUUGAUGACCCAUUCGGAAGAUUUGUGCACGACGCAGAAUCAGACCCAUUGAGAACAAUUCGACCUUCUACAUCCCAGCAGGUCGGCGCAGGAGCUACGCAAGCCGCCAACGUUUCAAAUGGGCCACACAUCAGACGUGGCCCGCCCAUAAAAACUUCUAUUAAUCCUACCCACGGCGUGCCAAUGCUGCAAAACUCGUCGUCGCCCAUCCGACAACAGCGCCCACCUUUGUUUUAUAAGGAGAACUCGGUCGAAGAUUACUCUGAUAUCAUCAGUGCGAAUGAAGACAUCUUGGACCGCAAACUCAGUGCAUUUCACGUAAGUACGAACGGAGUUAGAGGAUGGUAA